CAACGUCUCCAUGGUAACGACGCGUCGCCCACACGCCUGCAGGCCCGCGACUCGUGGCGGAGUGAGCCGACGCGGCGACUUGACGAGAUUACCAAGUUUUAAAAUUAGUUGUUUUAUUGUUAAGGAGAACAAGAAGAACGGGCACGAAAUGAUUCCCCCGGCAGACUCACUCGUCAAAUACGACAACCCGCUGCUGGUGUCGAAAAACACCGAGAAAAAGACGCCGAGGGCUCAUCCGAAUAAAGUCAAUCCACAGCAACCAAUAAACACCGGACCCGUUCCCAGCCCACCCAAGGGAAAAUCCCCUGCUGCGGAUUCGACAAGAGACCAGACUGAUGAAAUAUUGAAUGCAAUCCUCCCUCCAAGGGAGAUCACGGAGGAUGGACAGCUGUGGGUGCAGCAGGUGUCAAGCACGCCGGCCACCCGCCUCGACGUGGUAAAACUUCAGGAGCAGCUGGAUGUCCGCUUGCAGCAGCGACAGGCACGCGAGACCGGCAUUUGCCCUGUCCGCCGAGAGCUCUACUCGCAGUGUUUCGAUGAGCUGAUCCGGCAAGUGACCAUUAACUGCGCAGAGAGGGGGCUACUGCUAUUACGGGUGCGGGACGAGAUUCGUAUGACCAUCGCUGCCUUCCAGACACUGUACGAGAGCAGCGUGGCAUUUGGCAUGCGCAAAGCAUUGCAGGCUGAGCAGGGCAAAGCCGACAUGGAAAAGAAGAUUGCCGAGCUGGAGGAGGAAAAGCGCGAACUGGAACGCGCCGUCAAUGAGCAGAAGGCCAAGUGUGAGGCGAUCGAGAAACGCGAGGCUGAGCGACGGCAGGUGGACGAGAAGAAGCAUGCGGAGGAAAUCCAGUUCCUCAAGCGCACGAACCAGCAGCUCAAGACCCAGCUUGAAGGAAUUGUCACACCCAAAAAGUGAAGUGAGGAAACGUCCUUCUUUCUUAGUAUUACAGUUUUUCUUACGGGAAACACAAUAUCUACACAUGCAAUCAUUCCAAAUGAAUUAUUCCUAAUACUUUGUAACAGAUUUCUUUUAUCAAAUAAAAAUAUCAACCAUCUUUCAA